AUGGACCCACACGAGGCAGCUACUAUUGACCCAAACGAGGGAGCUACUAUUGACCAACACGAGGGAGCUACUAUUGACCCACAAGAGACAGCUACUAUUGACCCACACGCGGCAGCUACUAUUCACCCACACGAGGAAGCUACUACUGACCCACACGAGGUAGCUACUAUUGACCCACACGUGGCAGCUACUAUUGACCCACUCGAAGCAGCUAUUAUUGACCCAAGUGAGGCAGCUACUAUUGACCCACACGAGGCACCUACUGUUGACCAAACGAGAGAGCUACUAUUGACCAACACGAGGCAGGUACUAUUGACCCCUCACGAGGGAGCUACUAAUGACCCACACGAGGCAGCUGCUAUUGACCCACACGAAGCAGCUAUUAUUGACCCAAGUGAGGCAGCUACUAUUGACCCACAUGAGACAGCUACUAUAGACUCAC